GCAGGAAGUGUUCACCAUUACGCAUAUACAGCUGUUACAAGACUGUAGCUUUGAGUUUCAGGGUAAAACAGGAGCAAAGCCUCAGGAUGGCAGGGAAGCUCUAUCUCCCUGAGUUGGACCUCACUUGUGCCGUGUGCUGCGAAAUCUUCAGAGACCCAGUGGUCCUCAAGUGCAGCCACAGCUUCUGUGCAUCCUGCCUGCAGCAGUACUGGAGUCGACAGAGACGAAACCGUGACUGUCCUCUGUGCAGAACCCAGAGUGUGGAUGAUCCCGUUCCUAGUCUCACCCUGAAGAACCUGUGUGAAUCUUAUACACAUGAGAGCGAGGAGCCGGAGGAGACAGCGGAGGAGCUGCCCGGUGAACCAGGGGAGUUGUGCCCUCAUCAUGGGGAGAGGCUCAAGCUGUAUUGCCUGUCAGAUAAGGUGCCUAUCUGUGUUGUCUGCCACACCUCAAGAAAACACAAGCAGCACGAAUGUUGUCCUGUCAGUGAGGCGAUUGUGGAUGUGAAGGAGAAAAUGAAGUCCGCUCUCAGCUCACUGCAGGAGAAGAGGGAGGCGUUUGACAAAAUGAAAAAGAACUAUGAAGACACUGUGACCUACAUUCAGGUCCAGGCUCGAUUUGUGGAAAGGCGAACCCAUGAGGAGUUUGAAAAACUUCACAACUUCCUUCACGCUGAAGAGAACGCCAGGAUGGAAGCGCUGAAGCGGGAGGAAGAGGAGAAGAGCGAAGAGAUGAAGCAGAAGGUUGAAGAAAUAGAAAGAAAAAUGGCAUCUGUGUCCGAAUCCAUCAGAGUUUUGGAGGAGGAGAUGGCUUUGGAGGGCAUCUCAGUCCUUCAUAACAGUAAGAGGACUCUGUUAAGUGCUGAUUGUCCUGUUGAAGAUCCCGUUAUGCCUCCAGGAGCACUCAUAGACGUGGCCAAACAUGUUGGCUCUUUGAUGUUUUAUGUGUGGGAGAAGAUGCAUAAAAUUGCCAAAUACACUCCAGUAACUCUGGAUCCCAACACUGCUGCCCCAUGGCUCAUUCUGUCAGAUGACCUCACCAGCGUCUGUGACAGCGAUGAGAAACAGAAGCUCCCAGACAACCCGGAGAGGUUCGACCCCGACACCGGUGUGCUGGGCUCGGAGGGCUUCACCUCAGGAAGGCGUACCUGGGAUGUGAAUGUGGGAGAUAACACUGCGUGGGUUGUCGGCGUGGCUAAAGAAUCUGUCCAGAGGAAAGAGAAAGUGUCUUCGGUCCAGAAAAACGGCUACCUGUGUGUGUACUUCUACCACAAGAUGUACUUUGCGGGUACCUCUCCUUUAACGCGACUAAACCUGAAAAGGAACCCGCAGAAGAUCAGAGUGCAGCUGGACUGUGACAAGGGCAAGGUUUCUUUCUAUGACGCGCACAACAACACACAUAUCUACACCUUCAAACAGGCCAUCAGUGAGAAAGUCUUUCCUUACUUCUGGGUCGGUUGUCAGCAAUGUCCUUUGACGGUUGAACCAAUGGAAGUUGCCCUGAGUGUAAUUGAAAGUGCAACUUAGUUACUCUGUGACUUUGAGAAACUCAUCAAAUUAAAUGUCAGAUUAUUUGCCUCUUUUUUUCCUGGUUCAAUGCAAUGUUCUUUGGGCUCUUCUUAAUUUAAAACUCAAUGAACACACUGAUCAACGUACUUAGGAUUCAGUGAUUGGUAACUUGAAUUAGAGCUUUUUUUUUUUGCACUAAUAAUUUAUAAAUUAUUCAUUUGCUUAUUAUCAGCAUAUAAAUUGUGAGGUUUAAAAAAAUAGUACAGAUUUAUUGCUUGUAUGUAAGUUUUAAAAAUGAGUAAGCAUGUCAGUGUCUACACAUUCCUCCCUUAUUUUGGUGCCCAGCUGUAUUCCUAACUACUAAUGUAUGAAAAAACAUCGAAUGUGCUUUAUGUGCAGAUACUACUUGUUUUA